CUUGUGAGACCAGGCAGUGCUGGGCUGCUUAGCAGAUCUGGAACGAACCCAACUGUUCUGCUCCCUCCCAUAAGUUUUCCUUCGCGUGCUAGUAAACAUUCAUUCUUUUCAGUUUUUCGAAACCCUCUCGGACUGUUAUUGUUUGGAAUUUCGUUGCACAAUGAAAGAAUCUCCAGAGAAAGAGAAAAUCCAAAUGGACGUUUCCGUGUCGGACAGUGAAGACGAUGAAAGUGACAGUAGUGACAGUAGUGGCAGUGGCAGUGGAAGCGAUAGCAGUGAAUCUUCUGACGAAGAUGUAAAUGUCGUACUGAAAGUUACAUACCACCUGACUCAUGAAAAGGCUGUCUCAUUGCAAAAGAAUUACAUCUGCCAUAUGUGCGGUUCUAGUUCUUCUGGCCGAAUUGCUACUGCGUCUUCUAAUUUUUCAUCAUCUCUCUAUGAUCUGGAGAGCCUUCAAUCUCUUGCUGUAUUUGAGGAACAUACCAGCCCAAUCACAAACCUGAGAUUUCAUCCAAAUGAUCCAAAUCAGCUAAUAUCAUCAUCUACUGAUGGAACAAUCAGAUUUUGGGAUACAAGAAAAUCAGGAAAAAGUGUACUGACUUUCAAAGAUGACACAGCAGGAUCAGGGAAGCUGAAACCAUUUUUAAGCUUUGACAUUUCCAAAUCUGGGCAUUUUCUUUGUGCUGGGACUGAGGUUUUCGAUGGAGAUGCAUUCUUGGUUUUUGGUGAUGCCCGUUCGUGUAAAGUCCUGGGUGGAUAUUGGGAGUCCCAUAGUGACGACAUUACUCAAGUUUCAUUUCAUCCGCUGAUUCCUGAUAAUGUAGCAUCAGGCUCCAGUGAUGGGUUGAUUAACAUUUAUGACCUCAAAAAAGACACAGAAGACGAUGCAUUGGUCGACAGUCUCAACACAGAAUCUACUGUUGACAAGCUUACCUGGUAUCUCUUAAACGGAACCCACAAAGGCAUUGCAUGCAUUCUAGAUACUAUGGAUGUUCAACUUUGGACACAGGAUGGUGCAGCACCCAUUUCAACAUUUUCUAGAAAACAUGUUGCAAACAGCACUGGGUGGAAAGCCAGUAAGAGUAACAUUAUUAAUAUUCAUCAAACUUCGUCAGAAGAUUUACUAUUCCUGGCUGGAGGCUCCGUAAAAGAAAGUGACCGCUUGGCUCUUUUGCAAGUCAAAGAUAAAGACCUACUUGUGGAAUCAGAGUUGCCUGGGAAUAAGCAGAGAGUCCGAUGCAGUUGGUUUCAUCCAGAGAGUGGAAGUUUGGUAACUGCUGGGGAGAAUGGAAUAAUAUCUCAUUGGCGACCUGGAGCAGAACCUGUGACCGACAAGGCCCCAAAGGUUUUAGCAAAGACAACAUCUACACGAUUGAAACCAUACUGAAGUUUUUAGCGAAGAUACCAACUAACACCUUUGCAGGAGGAAUUCCUGCUGGAGCCAUUUACUGUAGCAAUGCAAAGUGCUAUUGCACUGAUGUGAUACUGGAUUUAAUAAAUGAAGAUAGCACACA